AUGGAGGCCGCGCGGGCCGAGCCGGAGCAGCGGGGAGCCGCGCCGCCGCUGCUGCCGCUGCUGCUGCUGCCGCUGGGCCGCCCGGCUCUCGGCGCUGCCCCGCGCCUCAUCUGCGACAACCGGCUGCUGGAGAGGUACAUCCUGGAGGCCAAGGAGGCCGAGAAUGCCACGAUGGGUUGUGCAGAAGGUCCCAGACUGAGUGAGAACAUUACAGUCCCGGACACCAAAGUCAACUUCUACGCUUGGAAAAGAAUGGAGGUGGAGGAGCAGGCUGCAGAAGUGCGGCAGGGCCUGGCCCUGCUGUCGGAGGCCGUGGUUCGAGGACAGGCCCUGCUGGCCAACUCCUCGCAGGCGCCGCAGCCCCUGCAGCUGCACUUGGACAGAGCGGUGAGCGGCCUGCGCAGCCUUGCUGCCCUGCUCCGAGGGCUGGGCGCCCAGAAGGAAGCGGAGUCAGCCCCCGAGGCCAGCCCGCUGCCCCCGCUCCGAACGCUGUCUGCGGAUACUUUCUGCAAACUCUUCCGGGUCUACGCCAACUUCCUCCGGGGGAAGCUGAAGUUGUACGCCGGGGAGGCCUGCCGGAGAGCGGCCAGGUGAGCGCCGCCUGCUCGCCCUCGCUCCGCCAGCGCCCACCGCCCCCAGCUCACCCUCCUCGCCAGCCGUGGGCACUCAGCGGCAGCGGCGAAGCCCGGGGGCCGGGGAACCUUCCAGACGCCCUUCUGAGGUCUAGAGGUGGUGCCUGAGGCAGGGCAGCUCAGGAGGAUCAGCUGGCUGGCUCACAUACCCAGGCUGGCCUGGACCACUCUGAACUCCGGAUCUCCUGCUCCCGUUUCCCCAGGGCCGGGGUUACAGGCCCCUCCCGUUUGCGGGGCGCUGGAGAUGUACGCUGGGCAAGCCCUGAGUCAAGGGACCUGCACCCUGGGGGUGGCCCGGACUCAGGGACAGACACAGUUCACUCAGAGCUGCGGCCCGGCCUCCCCGGGGUCCAGUCCUUGUAGCAUCUAGGGACGCUACCGGGACUGGAGGAUUUAGGGGGGCAGGGCACGAACCCUCCGGUCUCCUGAGGCUCCCUGAGGGCACCAACCCCUCCCCCGGACAGCGGAGGGCCGUGCAGCCGUGAAGCUGGGAUGGCAGCUGAUGCACUCGAGGCCUUCACGGGAGGAGGGGAGGGGUUUGAGGUGUCUUAGAACACCACUGGAGACAGCUGAGAUCACCAUCUCGCCUGCUGGCCGGCCUGCCUUUCCGGGCACCUCCCUGAGGUCCCCCACCCCCAAUCUGGUAGCAAGGCAUCAGAUCUGGGAAAGCAGAGGUGGCGGGGGCUGGGCCUACGUGCUGCCUUGCAUGGCCUGUCUGACCUCCUGACCCCUCUGGGCUGGAGGCCACAAUGCCUGCCCACGCCGGUCAAUAAGCUCCAUUCAAGGCUGCCUCUCAGUGGGCAGCUGCCAGGAGGCCAGGACGACUGCCGGGAGCGGCCAGCCCUGGGGCCAGCUCCGCUUAACAGAUCAGCGUGUGUUAACCGAAGUAACCGACAGCUCGCUCGCCUACCUGGGAUGGAGGCCCUGGGAGAUGCUGGCGGCUGUCCCCGGACAGUUUCCCUGCAGCUGGAAGGAGGGUCAACAGACGGAAGCCACAGCCAGGGGACAAGAGUGACGCCAGGGGCCGGACAGACGGCUCGGAGGUUAAGAGCACUGGCUGCUCUUCCAGAGGUCCUGAGCUCAGUUCCCAGCCCCCGUGUGGCGGCUCACAGCCUUCCAUGAUGAGAUCCUGUGCCCUCUGCUGGUGAGCAGGCGCACACGCAGGCAGAGCGCUGCACACAUAAUAAAUAAACCUUUAUAAAGAGUGA